AUGUUCUCAAAGGGAGCUCUCGCUUCCUUCUUUCUGGCCGCUGGGGCAGUGGGCGCGCCAGGUGGGACACAAGAUGGACCACAGUGCUACGAUGUUUGGAACUACAUCGCGAAGGAACUGAGGUACUCCUUCAUCGACAGCAAUGGUCUCUGCACCAAUGCCGCUCACCAGGCCAUCCGCCUGCCGUUCCACGACUGCUUCACCGACGGUGGCUGUGACGGUUCCAUCCUUCUCUCUGAUGAGUGCUUCACUCGAUUUGAGAACGAGAACCUCAUCCAGAUCUGCACCAAGCUCGCUGAUGUGAUCAACAAGUACAAGGUUGGUGCGGCUGACCUGGUCAACUUGGCUGGUGCCAUCGGCAAUAAGGCCUGCCCAGGUGGGCCCUACACGCCCUUCUACGUCGGGCGGCCGGACAACCCGAUGGCAGCCCCCAAGAACCAGCUGCCACCGCCCUUUUUGAAUGCCCCGACGCUGGUUAAUAUCUUCGGCGCCAAGGGCUUCACGUCCGACAACCUGGUCGCCCUCGUCGGCGCUCACAGCGCGGGUAGGAACCACACGGGCACGCCCUUUGACACCACCGUCGGCGAGCUCGACUCGUACACCUACUAUAGCGAGACCCGGGACGGCUACGCCCCUACCACCCUGCCCAGUGACUUCUCCCUGUCACAGGAUCCUGCGACUCGUGACGCCUGGAACGAGUACGCUGCGAGCCAGAGAGCUUGGGAGAAGGACUACGUCGAAGGCUGGACCAAGCUGAUCACCCUGGAGAACGAUGUCACAACGCUGGUUGACUGUUCCAAGGUCGUCUAUAAGGCCUUCGAAGAUGACCCAUGUGUGGCUGGACUGAACUGCUAA